GUUUUAAAAUCCUCGCUCAUAUAUAAACUAUAACUUACUGUAUAUAUAACAGUAAAAACUUAUUGUAACUUUUUUUAUUGUCAUAUAAAAGUUUCAAUAAUCAAUUGGACAGUUAGUUAAAUAAUUUCAAUCAAUUUCAAGUAAACUAUCCCCAAAUGAGACCGGCCUACUGGUGUAUGUCAGUCAUGUUUGUCACCCUAUUGUUCAUCUAUUUAACGGCAAUUAAGCUGAUCCGCGGUCAAGAGAUUGACAAUACAUAUCAUGAUUAUACUGCGAUGACUGAUCUUCUUAAGACAUACAGCCAAACAUAUCCACAUCUAACACAUCUCUAUACUAUUGGAAAGUCCAUACAAGGCAGAGAAUUAUGGGUAUUAUUGUUGUCUAAAAAUCCAACGGAGGAACCGUUAUUAAAGCCAAAUGUUAAAUAUGUAGCCAAUAUGCACGGAAAUGAAGCAGUAGGCAGAGAGCUAAUGCUAAAUUUGAUACCAUAUCUGCUAAACAAUUACGAAACCGAUACAUAUAUUAGAUCAUUGCUGGAUAAUACACGGCUGCAUAUAAUGCCAUCGAUGAACCCGGAUGGCUUUGAAAAUGCCAUUGAAGGACAGUGUACUGGUGGACAGGGAAGAUAUAAUAUACGUGGCUUUGACCUGAACCGCAACUUUCCCGAUAAUUUCAAGUCCAACAGUAAGGCCCAGCAGCCGGAAACACAGGCCGUACGCCAAUGGAUCGAUUCGGUACCGUUCAUACUGUCGGCUAAUCUUCAUGGCGGUGCACUGGUAGCCUCCUAUCCCUACGACAAUACACCCAAUUCAAUAUUAUCACAAUUUACGCUACAGUCAAGUGAAAGUCGGACACCAGAUAAUGAUGUUUUCAAUCAUUUGGCUCUCACUUAUUCAUUGAAUCAUUUGACUAUGCAUUUGGGUCAGCCCUGUCCAGAUGGUAGCAAUACUGGAUUUGUUAACGGCACCACCAACGGUGCUCAAUGGUAUCCAUUGACAGGAGGAAUGCAAGACUAUAAUUACAUAUGGGGUUCAUGUAUGGAGAUAACACUGGAGCUAUCGUGUUGUAAAUACCCGGCCCGUCAGGAACUGAGCCGAUACUGGCGCGAAAAUAAGCGAUCAUUGCUUCUGUAUUUAGGCGAAGCUCAUCGCGGUGUCAAAGGUUUGAUUACCGAUCGGUCCAAUUCCCAGUCGGCGGUUACCAAAGCUGUACUGAAAAUCAAGGGCCGAGACAUUAGUUUUAAGUCAUCAAAACGCGGCGAAUUUUGGCGCAUAUUAUUGCCGGGUGUUUACACUUUGCAAGUAUCAGCUGAUGGCUACCAGUCCUUAGAACAACAGUUUACCGUUGAAGAUGGUCGCAUAACUGUCCUCAAUAUACAACUGACCCCCACUACUGCUACUACUGGUUCUUCUACUAUUGCAUUUACUAACGAAACAGUUGGUCAUAUAAGAGCUGCCAGAGCCACACCAUCUACUACUAGGACAACAUCCACAGCAACAACAACAGGACAUCCCGUUAAUGAUAAACAAUUUUUAUUGAACACAAUUGACAAUGAAUUAACUAAUGAAAACAUUAUUAGACACUAUAACUAUGAUCCGCCACAUAAUCUAAUAUCAAACAGCCAUAAUUCAAAUCAACAAUCAUCACAAUUAAUCAAUUGCUUAAUUUCUUUAAGACCACCUCAAUUUAGUAGUACCGCUACCACUGCAACCAACAACAAUAACAACAACAAUAACAACAACAAUGGACUAUUGAUCUCAACCUCAUCAGUCACGUCACCCAUAAAGCCAUCUAAGCUUCAGUUUACCGAUAAUAGCCUACCGUCGCAAAACUCCUACCUAAGCAUUAGCAACAACAAUCACUCGCCGCCGCCCAACCUAUCCGAUUCAUUGGCUCCGCACCAGUAUACUUGGCCCGGUUGGCCAACCCGUGUGGGUAAUACAGGUGCUGUUCAGGGACAACAACAACAACAACCAGCUGCCGGUGCCGUACCGUUUUCUAACUUAUUCAACAAUCUAUCCAAUAGACUAAAUGGUUGGACUAAUAAUUGGGGAUAA